AUGUUGGCACAAGAAAUAGUGCAUGGUAUCAAGAAGCCAACUGUGGGGUCUAAUGUGGUCAUCAAGCUUGACAUGACCAAAGCCUAUGACAGAGUAUCCUGGAGUUUCACCUGCAUCAUGCUUAGGAGAAUGGGAUUCAGUGAAAUGAUCAUUGAGAUGAUCUGGAGAACAAUGUCCAACAACCGGUAUCAGUCAUUGUUAAUGGCACUAAAUGUGGAUUCUUUCAGUCUACAAGAGGCCUUAAACAGGGGAUUUUAUAUAGAGAAGAGAGGUCCUCAAAUCAACCACCUGAGCUUUGCAGAUGAUAUCAUCAUCUUCACCUCUGGAGGAAGAACUUCCCUGAGAAAAAUCAUGUGGAUCCUUAGAAAUUAUGAGAAGACAUCUGGCCAACUCAUAUACAAACACAAGAGUCAAUUCAUGAAUACUUCCUGUGCCCUCCCAAGUGCUAUCAGAAGAAUUCAAGAAGUGACAAGCUUUUCUAGAAGGGAUUCACCACUCACAUACCUGGGCUGCCCUCUAUAUACUAGUAGGAGUAGAAUUAUGCACUUCAAUGGUCUCAUUUCCAAGGUGAUAGGCAGAAUAAAAGGCUGGCAUGUAUCCCCUCCAAAGACUGUUGUGAAGCAAAUUGAAAGGUUGACAACUAGCUUCUUCUGGGGAAUGGAUAAGGACAAACACAAGUAUCACUGGGCAUCAUGGUCUAAGCUAUCCUUCCCUCUCAAUGAAGGUGGUGUGGGUUUCAGAACCAUUCAUGAUACAUGUAAAGCCAUAGAACUAAAGCAGUGGUGGAAUUUCAGAACAGCAAACUCUCUUUGGAGUUCAUUCUUGAAGGCAAAGUACUGUCAAAGAUCGAAUCCCAUAUCUAAGAAAUAG